AUGUUCUUACACAUUCUCCCGCUUUCCAUCACCCGCCCUAUUCUCCCUCAUUCCAUCACCCCGCCCCAUUCUCCCUCUUUCCAUCACCCCCCCCCAUUCUCCCUCUUUCCAUCACCCCGAACCAUUUUCCCGCUUUCCAUCACCCCGCCCCAUUCUCCCUCUUUCCAUCACCUCGCCCCAUUCUCCCGCUUUCCAUCACCCGCCCCAUUCUCCCGCUUUCCAUCACCCAGCCCCAUUCUCCCGCUUUCCAUCACCCCGCCCUAUUUCCCCUCAUUCCAUCACCCCACCCCAUUUUCCCUAUUUCCAUCACCCUGCCCCAUUCUCCCUCUUUCCAUCACCCCGCCCCAUUCUCCCGAUUCCCAUCACCUGCCCCAUUCUCCCGCUUUCCAUCACCCCGCCCCAUUCUCCCGCUUUCCAUCUCCCCGCCUUAUUCUCCCUCUUUCCAUCACCCCACCCCAUUCUCCCUCUUUCCAUCACCCCGCCCCAUUCUCCCUCUUUCCAUCACCCUGCCUCAUUCUCCCGCUUUCCAGCACCCCGCCCCAUUCUCCCGCUUUCCAUCACCCCGCCCCAUUCUCCCGCUUUCCAUCACCCUGCCCCAUUCUCCCGCUUCCCGUCACCCCGCCCCAUUCUCCCUCUUUCCAUCACCCCGCCCCAUUCUCCCGCCUUCCGUCACCCACCCCAUUCUCCCGCUUUCCAUCACCCCGCCCCAUUCUCCCGCUUUCCAUCACCCCGCCCCAUUCUCCCGCUUUCCAUCACCCCGCCCCAUUCUCCCGUUUUUCAUCACCCCGCCCCAUUCUCCCGCUUUCCAUCACCCCGCCCCAUUCUCCCUCUUUCCAUCACCCCGCCCCAUUCUCCCGCCUUCCGUCACCCACCCCAUUCUCCCGCUUUCCAUCACCCCGCCCCAUUCUCCCGCUUUCCAUCACCCCGCCCCAUUCUCCAUCUUUCCAUCACCCCGCCCCAUUCUCCCGCUUUCAAUCACCCCGCCCCAUUCUCCCUCUUUCCAUAAGCUCGCCCCAUUCUCCCGCUUUCCAUCACCCUGCACCAUUCUCCCGCUUUCCAUCACCCCGCCCCAUUCUCCCGCUUUCAAUCACCCUGCCCGAUUCUCCCGCUUUCCAUCACCCCGCCCCAUUCUUCCAUUUCCAUCACCCCACCCCAUUCUCCCGCUUUCUAUCACCCUGCCCCAUUCUCCCUCUUUCCAUCACCCCGCCCCAUUCUCCCGCUUCCCAUGACCUACCCCAUUCUCCCGCUUUCCAUCACCCCGCCCUAUUUUCCCUCUUUCCAUCACCCCGCCCCAUUCUCCCUCUUUCCAUCACCCCGCCCCAUUCUCCCGCUUUCCAUCACCCCGCCCCAUUCUCCCGCUUUCCAUCACCCACCCCAUUCUCCCGCUUUCCAUCACCCCGCCCCAUUCUCCCGCUUUCCAUCACCCCGCCCCAUUCUCCCGCUUUCCAUCACCCCGCCCCAUUCUCCCGCUUUCCAUCACCCCGCCCCAUUCUCCCUCUUUCCAUCACCCCGCCCCAUUCUCCCGCCUUCCGUCACCCACCCCAUUCUCCCGCUUUCCAUCACCCCGCCCCAUUCUCCCGCUUUCCAUCACCCUCUCGCCCCAUUCUCCCGCUUUCCAUCACCCUGCACCAUUCUCCCGCUUUCCAUCACCCCGCCCCAUUCUCCCGCUUUCAAUUACCCUGCCCGAUUCUCCCGCUUUCCAUCACCCCGCCCCAUUCUUCCAUUUCCAUCACCCCACCCCAUUCUUCCGCUUUCUAUCACCCCGCCCCAUUCUCCCUCUUUCCAUCACCCCGCCCCAUUCUCCCGCUUCCCAUGACCUACCCCAUUCUCCCGCUUUCCAUCACCCCGCCCUAUUUUUCCUCUUUCCAUCACCCCGCCCCAUUCUCCCUCUUUCCAUCACCCCGCCCCAUUCUCCCUCUUUCCAUCACCCCGCCCCAUUCUCCCUCUUUCCAUCACCCUUCCCCAUAUUCCCGCUUUCGAUCACCUGCCCCAUUCUCCCGCUUUCCAUCACCCCGCCCCAUUCUCCCGCUUUCCAGCACCCCGCCCCAUUCUCCCGCCUUCCAUCACCCCGCCCGAUCCUCCCGCUUUCCAUCAUCCCGCUCCAUUCUCCCGCUUUCCAUCACCCCGCCCCAUUCUCCCGCUUUCCAUCACCCCCCCCCCCCCCCCCACCAUUCUCCCUCUUUCCAUUUCCCCACCCCAUUCUCCCGCUUUUCAUCACCCGCCCUAUUUUCCCGCUUUUCAUCACCCCGCCCCAUUCUCCCGCUUUCCAUGUUUCGCCCCAUUCUCCCGCUUUCCAUCACCCCGCCCCAUUCUCCCGCUUUCCAUCUCCCCGCCCCAUUCUCCCGCUUUCCAUCACCCCGCCCCAUUCUCGCGCUUUCCAUCACCCCGCCCCAUUCUCCCGCUUUCCAUCACCCCGCCCCAUUCUCCCUCUUUCCAUCAACCCGCCCCAUUCUCCCGCCUUCCGUCACCCACCCCUUUCUCCCGCUUUCCAUCACCUCGCCCCAUUCUCCCGCUUUCCAUCACCCUGCCCCAUUCUCCAUCUUUCCAUCACCCCGCCCCAUUCUCCCGCUUUCAAUCACCCCGCCCCAUUCUCCCUCUUUCCAUAAGCUCGCCCCAUUCUCCCGCUUUCCAUCACCCCGCCCCAUUCUCCCGCUUUCCGGCACCCUGCCUGAUAGGGUUUAG